CAGCCGCAGGGCAGCCUGGAGACCGCGCGGGGCGGCGGAUGAGGUGCGGCGGCUGUGGCCCAGGGCACCUCCCCGCGGCUUCCCGAACCCUGCCCGGUCCGACCGGAAACGGAGGAUGGAAACACCAGCCGCGCUCUGAGCUCCUCCGGAAGAUAACACUUUUCCCGCCACAUCGCUUCGCGGUCCACGAGUCCAUCUCCCAGAGCGGGGCCGAGCGGAAAAGCGAGCAAUGGCGGAUUACCUGAAGAGACUGGUCUCCAACGAAUCUUUAAGAUCGAUGCAGGACCAGCUAGAGUCCUGGCUGAGGGAGUACAACACGAACUCAUGUGAUCAGAAUCUAAAUCGUUGCCUCGAACUCAUUGAGCAAGUCGCCAAAGUGCAGGGACAACUCUUUGGGAUCUUCACUACAACAGCCCAAGAAGGAGGACAUUAUGAUGGUGUGGAAACAAUCAAAUCGCGCCUUUUGCCUUGGCUGGAGGCCUCCUUUACUGCCGCUUCCCUAGGAAAACCUGUCGACAGCAAGGUCCCCUCUCUACAGGACACGUCUGAUAAGGACGGACAUAAAGAGUUUGGCGCUCGGGAUCGGGACAUACAACAAUUAGAUGCUGAUUUGAAUGCAACUCGUAAUCAACUCAACCAGGUUCAAGACGAUAUGGCUGAAACUGAAAAGACUCUUGAAGAAACCAAGAACAGAUCGGCCAUAUCCCUUCCGAUUGCAGAGGAGGAAAUAAAUCAGCUAAGAAAGCAGCUUAAAUCUCUUCAAGCCCAGGAGGAAUCUUGCCAUGGACACUCAGAGCAUAGGAGCUCAGAGAAGCGGGGCUCCGAGCGUAGGAGAGAGGAGCUGCGGGGCUCGGAGCAGAUGGGCGCGGACAGGUGGAGCGUAGACCAGCGGAAGGCAGAAGCGAUAUACGAUUAUGAGAAACAGCUCCGAACGCUGAAGGACGAGAUAGCUGUUCUGUCCGCUGAAAAAUCUGUACUCCAAGGAAGGUCCGCCAGGAGCCGGUCUCCGAGCCCUGACCCUCACAGCCGCAGCCGCAGACGGUCCACCAGCCCCUCCACCACGGUCGCGAAGGUCAGGAGCCCGUCUCCGAGUCGCGCCAAACUGUCCAGCGUGGCGCGCAAGGCCUCCCUGCUGUCCCGGUUCAGCGACGCCUAUUCCCAGGCCCGCCUGGAUGCGCAGUGCCUGCUGCGGCGCUGCAUCGACAAAGCCGAGAUGGUGCAGCGGAUCAUCUACAUCGCGGCAGUGGAGGCGUUCCAUGUAGCUAAAGUGGCAUUCAGACACUUCAAGAUCCGCGUGAGGAAAUCGCUGACACCGUCUUAUGCAGGGUCAAAUGACUUUGAGGAUGCUGUCUUGGACUAUAUCAUUUGUCAUCUUGAUCUAUAUGAUUCCCAAAGCAGUGUUAAUGAUGUGAUCCGAGCCAUGGAUGUCAAUCCCAAGAUUUCAUUCCCUCCUGAAGUUGACUUUUGCCUCCUCAGUAACUUCAUCCAGGAGAUAUGUUGCAUUGCCUUUGCAAUGCAGACUUUAGACCCACCCCUCGAUAUUGCAUUUGGGGCCGAUGGAGAAAUUUUUAAUGAUUGCAAGUACCGUCGAAGCUAUGACUCCGAUUUCACGGCUCCCUUGGUCUUCUAUCACGUGUGGCCUGCUCUCAUGGAGAAUGACUGUGUCAUUAUGAAGGGAGAAGCUGUCACCAGGAGAGGGGCUUUUUGGAAUUCAGUGCGAUCUCUAAGUCGAUGUCGAAGCAGAAGUUUAAGUCCCAUCUGCCCUCGUAGCCGUAUUAGUUUAAGCACGAUAUCUCGAAGCCGGAGUCCUUCUCCGAUAAGGUGUGGAUUACCAAGGUUUUAAAACCACCAGCCAUGUUCCUCUGCCCAGAACGUGGGAAACGGCCAACUUACCCAGUACCUCCACCUGCCUGCUGUCUGCCUCAGACCUCACUUAAGAUAAUGUGAAAAGGCAAUUCUGUGUAUCACUUCACACAGAGAGUUAAAUGUUUUGGCUUAGUGCAUUUGUAACUUCAGAUAUAUUGCAUUUUAUUUUAUUUUAUAGAUACAGAUUCCAUUAAUUUGAUAAAAAACAAUUGCCUAGGUAUUUAGGAUCAUAUUCAUUCGGAGCAAAGUCCAUUACACAGGAUUCUCAUCCUGAAAUACGAGGCUCUUUUAUAGCAACUACAAGAACUAAAGUGGAAAAUCUUUACCGUGCUGAGUUCAAAAGACAAGAGGAGUCAUUUCAGUUUAUAAACUGAUCAUAAAUAUUAUAAUUGCUGGUUUUAGCUUUCACUGGAAAACAAUCUGGGGUGUUUUCAUUUUCUUUGGGGGUUUGGAAGACAGCCCUAGUCUCAGGUUGGGGAACUUAUGGCAUAGCAGUGACCUCAGGCUAAAUGUAGGCGAUGAUGAUUUAGGAGAAUAUAGUUCAUUGGCUUGCUUCUCUUUUCUUACUGUAAAGUGCCCAGUGUGGCUGAGUUGAGCACUGUUUGUUGAAGCCACUUACUUGAGAGAACUCUCUUGCUUCAUAAAUGCAGAGCUGUGAUUUGGAUAGAAGCCAGCUUGGAGAUAAAUGUUAAUUACCUUGUGUUUAUCUCCCGGAAUAUUUCAGGCAGUUUUAAUGUACGUGUGAAAUAUAAAAGCUUCCUGGGACACACCCUUUACCUACUCCACCUGGUUGUUUCCAAACUCAGACCGCAUAAGAACUCCAUCGGACUAAAAACACUUAAACUCAAGGCUAAAAGCUCAGGGUACCAUUUAUGGAUUUUAAAUUGAAUGUCUAUCCCUUGAUUUCUUCACUGUGAAGUACUGUUGAAAAAGUUCACAUUCAAGAUGAUAAUGGAAUGUUGCUUUCUCAAGAUGAAUAAUGUUCUUUCUGUUUUUUUUUUUUUUUUAAUUCUUUUCACUUUAAUGCUGGUUUUAAACACAAGCUUUGCAAAUGACAGCUUUUGCUGUGUGCCUUUUAGAGAGAAGCGCUGAACUGGUCACAGCUCAGUUUGUGUAAGCUCAGCACCAGGACCAGCACCUGGGACUUUUUAGGUGAAAACAAACAAACAAAAAACCCCACAAAAAAACAAAAAAAAAUCUUCUCUAAAGCAUCUUGCCUCUUGUGCUGGGACACAGGGACGGGGAGAGACCUCCCCAGUCUCCACCCUUUGGGUCAAAUGGUCACCAACUCAUUCUGAAGCGUGAACUUAAUUGUUCUCCCUCUGCGUUUAUGUAGUCAUCACUUUGAGGCAGGGCCGCGUGCUGGAAGGAGAACUCAGUGCCCAGGUAACUCCAGUUCUGACUUGGUCAUCAGCUUGCCUGGUGGCCUUAAGCAAGUUACUGCAUCUCUCUGAGCCUCAGUUUCACUGCAUAGCGAGGAGGGUGGAUAUCAGUGGUUCUCUCAGCCCUCCCAGACUCACGCCCUCUUUCAUAACAAAUAUUUUAUUUUGGCUAUUCUGAAAUGAUGUUCAAAGUUAAUAUGAUUUAUAGGCGUAUAUACUUUUAAACAACGAAUAUAGUACUUGAACUGUAAUAUAAAUCAGGAAAAAGGAAAGCAGUUUUUAAUAAAAUAGAAUGUAUUUCAACCAAAAAGCUUGGGUAUGACUAUCCCGGAAGAUAAAGUCAUCAGACGCUUAUGCCUUUAUGUAGAAUUACCAGCUACAAAUGCAGAUCAAUGUGCGUUGUACUGGCAAUAUCAUAAACACUAAUGUCAUGGGUUUUCUGAAAUGGCGAAAAACUCUUGGUAAAGUUUUGAACAAAAACUUACAGCUGUGCCUUAAUUUACAUAGUAAAUGCAUUCCUGGAGAAGCUGGUGUAUAUUAAAACCAUAGAAAGUGUUAUAUGUGUUAUAUGUUAAAAGGUCUUUUCUAAAAUCUCACUAAAUAAUGAGAAUGCCUACAUAUCCGAAUAUUUUAGGAGUGAAAUAUGGGAAUGCAUCUGAUUGGGAAAAAGGUCACAUGCAGUCAGUUUAUUUGCUUUGUACCCUGUCUGGCCACUUGCCGUUUCUCAAGUCUCUGAUUUGAUCCGUAAUUGCACAGGGCAUGGCAGUUUAGUCUAGACUAAUUUUUGGAAAGGAUCCACAAAACCAAGGGAGGCUGACCUCUACCCAUUUCAUCAGGCUGUGCACCUUAACCUUGGUGACUUUGAAAA